AUUUGAUGGUAAUGAGGACCCAUUAGGCCGAGCACAGCUCACAUACACGUUUGCUUUAUGUCCUCCACCAGCACGGCAUUGCUCCAUGAAGUUGGUUGCCUGAGGGGAUUGCGUUCUGCAAUCCCAUUUCUUAGGAUAUCACCUAGACUAAAUCAUAAGCAAUCUAUCCCACGACAGAGGACAGUGAUUCAGGCGCAGAACAUGUCCAAGGCGUUGUGGGCAUUGGACUUUGAUGGGGUGGUGUGCAACAGCGUAGGGGAGAGCUCAAAGUCCGCAUGGCAGGCAUCAGCCAGAAAAUGGCCUGACCUAUUUGCCAAAGCAGAGGUCAAGGCCCAGGAGACCGCGGUUGAAGAGAAGAUGCGCACCGUGCGGCCAGUUGUCGAAACCGGGUAUGAGAAUCUGGUGCAGAUCAGGUGUUUGCUAGAAGGUGACUCUGAGGAGGAUAUUCUCAACAACUGGCACACCAUCCUCCCAGAUCGCAUGGCAAGGUGGCAGCUUGACAGAUCAGAGCUGGUGGACUUGUUUGGCGAUUUUCGCGAUGAGUGGAUAGCCAGAGAUCUUGAUGGCUGGCUCAAUGCCAACGAGAUCUAUGAGGGCCUGCCUGACAUCCUCACGCAUCUCAUGCAGCAGCACGACUUGUACAUUGUGACCACCAAGCAGGCCCGCUUCACAGAGGCGCUGAUGCACAACAUGGCAAAGGUGCCCAUUUCGCCGGACCACAUUUUCUCAACAACGGUCUCUGGUCAGCCCAAGAGCGACAUCCUCAAGGACCUGCAGCAGCAGCACCCUGGCACUUCCUACCAUUUUGUGGAAGACAAGCUGAGCACCCUCGAAAAGGUCUGCAAGGUGCCAGAGCUUCAAGAGUGGCAGCUAUAUCUGGUGGACUGGGGGUACAACACCAGGGAGGAGCGCGAGCGCGCAGAGGCCAACCCCCGCAUUUCAGUCAUCAACAAGGCCCAAUUCGAGGCCGCAGUGGGCUUGAAAACGUGA